CAUGGCGGCCCCCGUGAGCGGUGUGGGUAAUCCCGGAGUUAGAUCUUCAUCUUUAAAUUCGACGAGUUUUCAGAAAAAAACGAGGAGCAAGCUUCUUUCUAUCCCCGGCACAAGACCUUCGGUUCAGAAUGGACAGCUUUUAGUGUCGACUGGUGUCACUUCACUAGACUUUUUACUCGGUGGUGGUUUAGCCGUUGGAGCUGUACUACUUAUUGAGGAGGACUACUAUGAUAGCUACUCCCGAAUGAUUUUAAAAUACUUUUUGGCUGAAGGAGUGGUGUGUCAACAUGAGCUUUUCGUGGCAUCAGCUCAGGAUUCUCCAAACGACAUAUUACAGGAACUUCCAUCUCCUAUCAUGGAUGAUGUUGCGAUCCCUAAACCAGUGGAGCAACCCAGGCUGUCCUCUGAGCCUCAAGACAGUUUGGACACAAUGAAGAUUGCAUGGCGCUAUCAGAAUCUUCCAAAAGUUCAGAGCACUCUUACAUCAUCAUCUCGGUUUGGCCACUAUUAUGAUGUCUCUAAGACAAUGGAAGCAGAAAUUCGCCAGGCAGCGAAGUGCCACUGCUUCAACCUGCCUGAUCAUCCCCAGCAGACAACACCAUCCUACAGUCCAACGCUGGAGUCCUACUCGGCUUUGCUGAAGUCACUUCAAGAGGUCAUUCAGAAGGAGGGCUUUGCAGUAACUGCCUCGUCGGGAAAGUCAAGAAACAUCCUGCGCAUUGGGCUUCACUCCCUUGGCUCAUCUCUCUGGGGUGAUGACCUGUGUUGCUGUGACAACCCGAAGCAUACCCACGCCCUCACAACCUUUCUUUACGGUCUGCGGGCUUUGCUGAGGUCAUCACUGGCUGUGGCUGUAGUUACUGUGCCUUCACAUCUUAUUCAGAACAGGGCUUUAAUGGGCAGGAUAGCCAAGCUGUCCGACACCGCCAUUGCACUGGAGUCAUUCAAAGGCUCUGAGAGGGAGACCAACCCACUCUAUAAAGAUUACCACGACGUGCUCCUCAGUAGACAGGCCGGGGGGUAUUCAGCUGCCACGCCGUAG